AUGUUUUGGGAUGCAGUCGUUUUGGCCCUUAGAUUUGGCAGCCCGCAGCCUAUCAUCGCAAUCUGCUCCGCUCGCAUCAGCAUCAUGGCACUCGCAAGGGCAGUGGCAGCGGUAGUCAUGGCGAUGCUCGCUGCAGUCCUGCAAGGCUGCGGAUGCAACACGGAGAGCUUUGCCAGCUGCACUGUGGGGAGCGGCUGCGAUGCACUCACCACCUACAUGACAUGCGUCAAGGACGCCGGCUGCUGUGACUAUGAGGUCGGCGGUGCAAAGGUCAAGGAUAGCUUCGCCGCCUUGGAAUCUACCGCCAAUGCACUUGCCGCAUUGACUGGGGGAACAUGCACCGCGAGCAGUCCUUGCUGA